CAUUGGCAGUGUAUAUAAAAGGGGACUGAGACCGAGCAAUUUCAAACUCAGUCCUUUGAUUUCUGCCAUUCUCACUUUCAUCCGUUUCUUUCUUUGCUAUCAGACUCCUUUUUUAGUUAGUCUGUUAGUGUUUUUGUUUCUCAUGCUCUUUGCACCUUGCCACCUUUUGCUGUCGGACGACGAGAGAGUAUUCGAGGAGUCGAAUAAGAUAGACAUACCAGAUUUUGCUUUGCUUUUGCUCUAGAACCACUUCAGUUGGGUGACUGGUUUAAGUUAAACACCAUAACCAAGGUGCAAUCUAAGACAAGGAAAGAAAACGAAAAAUGAAGUACGUAUUGGUAACGGGUGGAGUAGUUAGCGGUCUCGGGAAAGGGGUCACCGCCAGCAGUAUCGGUCUGCUUCUCAAGGCCUGUGGACUUCGCAUUACUUCCAUCAAAAUUGAUCCUUACUUGAACACCGAUGCUGGAACAAUGUCCCCUUUUGAGCACGGGGAAGUUUAUGUGUUAGAUGAUGGCGGCGAGGUGGACCUGGACCUUGGGAAUUAUGAGCGGUUCCUUGAUAUCAAGUUGACAAGCGAUAAUAAUAUUACUACUGGAAAGAUUUACCAGUCCGUUAUUGAUAAGGAGAGAAGGGGAGAUUAUCUGGGGAAAACUGUGCAGGUCGUCCCUCACAUCACAGAUGCCAUUCAAGAGUGGAUUGAGCGUGUGGCAAUGAUACCAGUGGAUGGGAAGGCAGGUCCAGCCGAUGUUUGUGUCAUAGAAUUGGGUGGAACUAUAGGAGACAUUGAAUCCAUGCCAUUUAUUGAGGCAUUAGGGCAAUUCUCAUACCGUGUAGGGACAGGGAACUUUUGCUUGAUUCAUGUCAGCCUUGUGCCCGUUUUAAAUGUUGUUGGUGAACAGAAAACAAAACCAACCCAGCACAGUGUUCGGGGACUAAGAGGCCUGGGUUUGACACCACAUAUCUUAGCUUGUCGCAGUACAAUGGCACUUGACCAGAACGUAAAAGUGAAACUCUCUCAGUUUUGCCAUGUCACGGAAGAAAAUAUUAUCACUCUCUAUGAUGUACCCAACAUCUGGCAUAUUCCUUUGCUUUUAAGAGAUCAGAAGGCCCAUGAAGCAAUCUUGAAAGUGCUGAACCUUAUGGGUAAAGCUGGGCAGCCUGCAUUGGAGGAAUGGACUUCUAGGGCUGCAAUCUGUGACAAGUUGCAUGAGCCGGUCCAUAUUGCGAUGGUUGGGAAGUAUACAGGCCUUUCAGAUUCCUAUCUCUCGGUACUGAAGGCUCUUGUGCAUGCUUCCGUUUUCAACCGCAAGAAACUCUUUGUAGAUUGGGUUCCAGCUUCCGACCUUGAAGAUGCAACUGCAAAAGAGAAUCCUGAUGCUUAUAAAGCAGCUUGGAAGUUGUUGAAGGGUGCAGAUGGUAUUCUUGUUCCAGGAGGGUUUGGUGACAGAGGAGUGCAAGGGAAAAUUCUUGCAGCAAAGUAUGCUCGAGAAAACAGGAUUCCCUUUCUUGGCAUUUGUUUAGGAAUGCAAAUUGCCGUCAUUGAGUUUGCACGAUCUGUUAUUGGUCUGCAGGAUGCUAAUAGCACUGAAUUUGAUCCCAAUACCCGGAAUCCAUGUGUUAUAUUUAUGCCUGAGGGCUCAAAAACACAUAUGGGAGGCACCAUGCGCCUUGGAUCAAGGAGGACAUAUUUCCAGGUUAUGAACAGCAAAUCUGCAAAAUUAUAUGGAAGUAAAAGCGUCAUUGAUGAGAGACACCGGCAUAGAUAUGAGGUGAAUCCUGAUAUGGUAGCAUGCCUUGAAAAAGCUGGCCUCUCUUUUGCUGGCAAAGAUGAAACCGGUCGACGCAUGGAGAUUAUCGAGCUACCAAAUCAUCCAUACUUUAUUGGUGUUCAAUUUCAUCCUGAAUUUAAAUCAAGGCCAGGAAAACCUUCUCCUUUAUUUUUAGGACUCAUAGCAGCAGCAUGCGGGGAGUUGGAUGCUGUCUUUCUAGGCAAUGGAAUCCAAAGGAAUAUACCAAAUGGAGUAGGCAAUCAUACCGCAAAAAUCAAAGCAUACCAAAAUGGAAUUGCAACUAAGGCCACCAAUGCUUUGCCUGAUGGUGUUUAUAGCAAUGGCAAUGGGGUCUACUUGUGAACGUUAUAGGAUUUCUCUCUGUGGGCCAUUUUGGUAAGAUUUUACGAUUGGUCUGUACAGUACUUAUCUGGAUAUUGGUAGGUGUAGGUCUCCACUCCAAAGGACUCAUAUAUAAUAUAGGACACUGUCAGAUCCCGGUCUUUUAAACGGGAUAGCUUGUUAAGGUUUACAGUUGUACUGCAAUGAGAGAGAGUAUUUAUGUUUG